AUGGGAGAACCAAUUCGCGACGAGCCACUCACCACCACUGUCACUCCGGCCAAGAGGUCGUUGGAGAUCGACGACCCCUUUCAACCUUACAAGGUUGAGAGAUUUGACGAUGGGCUAAGAUACGAUACGCUCCAGGUCCAUGCAGGCCACCGACCAGACCGAGAGACGCAUGCUCGGGCGGUGCCGAUUUACAACAGCGUGUCCUUUAUCUUCACCGACAGCGCCCAUGCAAAGAGGGUGUGUGCUAUGGAGGGAGCCGGCUACUUUUACAGCCGAAUUUCCAACCCGACAGUCGCUGUUUUUGAAAAGAGAGCCGCGGCUCUUGAAGGUGGAACUGCUGCUGUUGCCACCGCAUCCGGACAGGCCGCAAUUUUCAACACCAUUAUCUGUCUUGCUGGAGCUGGUGAUAAUGUAGUCGCCUCAAUCAACCUGUACGGAGGCACUUACAGUUUGUUCAAGACCCUUCUCCCUCGCCUUGGUAUCUCAAUCAGGUGGGCCAAAAAGGAAACUCGCGAAGAGUUUGAAAAGCACAUCGACGACAAGACCAAGAUGCUAUUUGUCGAGACAAUCGGAAACCCUCGUUGCAGCAUUCCCGAUCUGAAAGAGCUAGGAGAGCUUGCACAUGAAAAUAACGUACCGUUCGUUGUGGACAACACCUUUGGUGCUUGCGGAAUCUGGUGCAAGCCUAUCGACUUCGGGGCAGACAUUAUUUUGCACUCAGCCACCAAGUGGAUGGGUGGACACGGCACAACGGUUGGAGGUGUCAUCAUCGACUGUGGCACUUUCGACUGGGGCAAAGCCGGUGAAAGGUUCCCACGAAUGAUCAAGAAGGAAGGCCCUAUGAGCUUCUCCUACUGGAAAGCUUUUGGAAAUAUCACGUUCGCCAUGGCCAUGAGAAUCGAUAUCCUGAUGGAAGUCGGAUCCACUUUGGCUCCUGCAUCAGCUCAACAACUCCUCAUUGGAAUGGAGACGCUCAGUUUGAGGUGCGAGAAACACGCGAAGAACACAAUUGAGAUUGCUCGCUUCCUGGAAGCACACCCUAGAGUUGCUUGGGUCAACUAUCCUGGCCUCGAGAAGAAUCAAUAUUACGAGAAUGCGCAAAAGUACUUGAAGAAUGGUUACGGAGGCGUUCUCGCGUUUGGUCCGAAGGGUGGAGACGUCGCCAGCAAGAUGCUGAUGAACUACGUGAGAGUCAUCUCACACCAAACAAAUGUGGGAGAUUCGAAGACGCUAGCCACUCAUCCCUGGAACUCCACCCAUGUUAUCAUGCCCGAGAAGGACAGGCGUGAAGCCGGAAUUACGCCCGCUUUCAUCCGAUUCUCGGUUGGAACUGAGGAUGUGAGAGACAUCAUUGAGGAUCUUGACCAAGCUCUAGCGAAAUUGCCCGACGACAUUGUCAAUGCUCAUGAUGAAAAGCUGGAGGCCAAAUUGACUUCCAAUGGGGACCAUCCGACUGUUAUUGAAGCGGCUGUGUGCGAGAAGGUUGACUUCACUGAUGCGGAUGUGUCACUGUCCAAACAGAACGUCCCGAUGGGUCGUCAAACUGAUGUCGGGAACUGGUAG